AUGUCAUCGUUAGCAAAUGGUACAAACCAUCAUUACAUUGAUAUGCGAUCUGAUACUGUAACCAAACCAACGAGUGCAAUGCGUCAAGCUAUGUACGAAGCUGAAGUCGGCGAUGAUGUUUAUGGUGAUGAUCCAACUGUUAUAAAAUUACAAUCAAUGACUGCUAAAUUAUUAGAUAAAGAAGCAGCAUUAUUUGUUCCAUCUGGUACAAUGGGAAAUUUAAUAUCAAUUUUAACUCAUUGUAAUACUUUUGGUUCUGAAAUGAUAUUAGGUGAUGAAUCCCAUAUACAUUUUGCUGAACAAGGUGGCUCUGCAACAUUAGGUGGAAUACAUUCAAGAACAGUUCAAACUCAACCUGAUGGAACAUUACGAUUGUCCGAUUUAGAAAAUUUAAUCAGACCAUUUUCUGCUAAUGAUGAUCAUUUUCCAAUAACAAAAUUAAUUUGUUUAGAAAAUACUCAUAAUCGAAUGGGAGGUAAAGUUUUAUCGGUUGAAUAUAUAAAUUCCGUUGGAGAAUUAUGUAAAAAAUAUGGAUUAAAAUUACAUAUGGAUGGAGCUAGAUUAAUGAAUGCAGCAGUUAAAUUAAAUAUUGAACCAUCAAAAUUAGUUCAAGCUUGUGAUUCAGUUUCCUUUUGUUUAUCAAAGGCAUUAGCGGCGCCCGUUGGUUCAUUAGUUGUUGGUAGAAUUGAUUUUAUCAAACAAGCCAAAAGAUUAAGAAAAGCUUUAGGCGGUGGUUUAAGACAGUCCGGUAUAUUAGCUGCAGCGGGUAUCUUAUCAAUAACUGAAAUGCCAAAAUUGUUAAAAACUGAUCAUGAUAAUGCUAAACUAUUAGCUAUAGGAUUAGCAAAAAUUGAUGGAAUUAAUAUAAAUGCUGACGAAGUUCAAACAAAUAUUAUUUUUAUCAGUUUAGAUUCCAACAAAGUAUCAAUUGAUGCACCAACCUUGGCUAAUAAAUUAAAAGUCAACCAUAAUAUUUUGAUUGCCGCAACUAAUAUUAUGAAAAUAAGAUGUGUCACUCAUUAUAUGAUUACUAAAGAUGAUAUUCAACUCGUUUUGAAACAAGUUGAAUAUGAAUUGGAUCAACAUAGAAAAUAA